GGGAAACAACAGUCGUGGAUCAAGCAAACCGCAUCAGCUAGCGAAAAUAUAGCUGCAUGAAGAGCAAAAACGAAAAUGUUUCUGUGAAUCAAAAAGGGUUUGCUUUUUCUUAGUUUUUACGAUGAUAUUGUAGCAAUGAAUUCUAGCAAAAGAAAAUCCAAUCAAGACCACACAACUUCUGUUUAUGUCGCAAAAUAUGCCUCGCCAGAGCCGUCGUGCGAGGCUCUGUCAGGGAGCUCGCUUUGCGUUCGCAGCCUCGCAGCUUGCAUCCCUGUCGUAUGCGGAAUCUUCACGACUCGGCAGCAAUGGCGAGCUGCUUCCUUCGGAUCCAAAUAGCUCGGUGGACGAGAGGCAAGCAAAAGGGGAUGCUUUAUCGACGUCCUCCUAUGCUUUAUCGACGUCCUUAUCAGCGAAGACGAAGAGCAGCACGCAGACGUCGUCUCUGUUACAAAAUGGAAGACGGAGAACCACAGAAGACGACGAGGAUGCUCCGAAAACAACAAGCGUGCGGUUCGAGCGCACACGCGAUGACCGCAAGAAAGUGCAGAUCGGAGUUGGCGACUCACUGACCGUGGCGCUUUGGGGGAAUCCGAUAUUUGGUACUAGGAGGUUUACCAAGUGUGAUAUGACAAUAGAGCAACGUGAGCAUCAUCUUCCAUUCUUUUUAGAUAGCGAGAUUUCAUCCUGCUUCCAACGCGAAGUCCUCUCUGAUUGAUACACACCUUUUUUAUUUUUAUUUUUCUGAAAAAAUGAUAAACCAACGUCCCCACACAGGUAAGCGUUGGCGUCUCGCUCGCGAAAGUGAGUGCAUGCUGCAGACAGGCAAGAUGAAUUUCCGACAGGAUGCAGUGCAAGAACCGAUUUUAGGUGGCGACUGGAAGUGGACCUUCGAAGCUCAGCACUGCUGCGAGUCUGCUCUCUCAUUCGUCUACGAGCUCCAGGAUGAAGAUUCGACCAAGGCAGCUACUUCGGUCUCGAAAGACGAUUUGAGUUUAUGGUGAUAGCCUUGGUAAAUAAAGCAGAAUAUGAAAAGCUUUGAUAUUAACCUGUACUAGGUCCUAGAAUAAGAGCCUCUUCAUGAAGUAGAACAACAUCAAAAUAACUUGUAUCGCCGUCGAUUGUAUCUUCUGUAUGUUGGCAAAAACACAACGACUCGUAAGAGAACCCUUGUGAUCGAAUUCAGGUUACCAAAUACCAGAACCAUUCAGAUUAUACUAGCUCUAAUCCCCGGCGGGAUCCCUUCGAGCACGACCAGCACGAGCAGCGUGCACGUGACGGUAGAUGUGGAUGUGGUCCCAAGUCCUAUGUCAAUGAAGCACGGUGACGGAUGCACGCUACCUCAGCCGAAGACAUCAGGAGUAAACGAUGAGGACUCAUGGUUCGUCUGAAAGAUUUUUAGGAGAUUCUACUCUAGCGUUGAACAAUGCAUGGACGAGAUGGAGGACGCACGACUCGCAGAAGUACAGACUACACUAGUUGAGGAAUUCUGGGCUGUUUGCGCACUAGUACCUACUGCUAGACAAGAACAACAUGUGACUUGUACCGGACGACGAUUCCUUCUUGCUUUUUAGUUUUACCCACGACAACCUGUAAAAAACAGAGAUAGCAGAAGUAGCACUAGACACAAUACUACGGUAAAGAUCGAGUGACCCCAAAUGAUCAAUUAUGUUGAGGACGCAUGAGAGCGAGACGUUGUGAG